AGCCAGUGAGGUGACGUCACAUCGGGGCGCCCGAGGUAAAAAAAAAAAAAGGCAGGAGGGAGCAACAGCAAUCUGUUGUUUGUAGUUCCGAUUCUUCACAACUUGUUGGUAGGUACAAGCGAGACAGCCCCGGGCCUCCCUCGCCACCUUCUUCUUCCUCCACCUCCUCGUCGCCGAGUCCACGCGUGGGAGACGAGCGCCAAAAUGGAGCGUGUGCCUUUAAGGCCUGUGACUGACGCCCCGUAUUAGCCCACACGCACGCGCGCGCACGCACACACGCUGUCCGAACCGAACCCAACCGAACCAGUCGGGAAGAACCGACUUCUCAGCGCGUCCUGGUGUUCCGGUGCUGUGCUGGUGAGCCGUCAGGAUGAGGCCUGGUCAGCUGAUCCGUCCUGCCUCUGCCGCCUCCAUCACACUCUUUCUCCUCUCAGCGCUGUCUCUGACCUCCGGUUGCAACAAGGCUCUGUGCGCCAGCGACGUCAGCAAGUGCCUCAUCCAGGAGCUGUGCCAGUGUCGCCCCACCGACGGCAACUGUUCGUGCUGCAAGGAGUGCAUGCUGUGCCUGGGCAACCUGUGGGAGGAGUGCUGCGACUGCGUGGGAAUGUGCAACCCGAAGAACUACAGCGACUCUCCGGCCACAUCCAAGAGCACGGUGGAGGAGCUGCACCGGCCCAUCCCGUCGCUCUUCCGCGCCCUCACAGAGGGCGACGCGCCCGUCAACAUGAUGGUGGUCUCCUUCCCCGUGGCCGAGGAGCUGUCCCACCACGAGAACCUGGUCUCCUUCCUGGAGUCAUUGGACGGCCCGCACCAGAACGUGUCUGUGCCCGCCAAUAGUAUCCACGCCAGUUACGACGCACAAGAGAACAUAUGCACGGUGGUGUACUUUGACGACUGUGUGUCCAUCCGGCAGUGCAAAAUGUACUGUGAGUCCAUGGGCGGCUCAAAGUACCGCUGGUUCCACAACGCCUGCUGCCAGUGCAUUGGGCCCGAGUGCGUCGACUACGGCAGCAAAGCCGUCAAGUGCAUGAACUGUCUCUUCUGAAAAGUUCCCGUCCCGGGCCCCCGGAACUGCUCCACGGGACUCAAAAUCCCUUUUCAUACUGACAUUUUCCCACCUUUCCAGUGUCACUCUUCUUUGUUAAUGGCACCAGCACCUGAAAUUGGUAGGACAAAGUCAGCCCAGCAAAUUUCUGCCUUAUUGGAGCCGUAACAGAGGCAGGACCUGGUGUGAGAAAAUGCCAUUUAACACCUUUGUCAUUUUUCUCGACUUGUGUUGAAAGCAAUUAUCUGACAAAGGAUUUGACACGUUUUACCAGACACUGGCAAUUUUCCGCCUUUGCUCGGUGGUGUCCAAGCUGUAACAGAGGCCGGGUGCCGAGAUUAUAAAUGGUAUUCUGAAACACUUCUCCCAACAUGUUAUGUUGAAAGCAACAGUCGCUGUCUGACAACUAUUUAAUGCAUCUAUUACAUCUAAUUAUCGGGUUGCGGUAUUAAUUCUCGUGUGAAAGUCCACACAGGCACUUCAAUAUCUCACAUUUGCUGGGUUCUGUGUGAAAAGCAAAGGCGCAUAAAUGGAAAAUCUUUUUUGCGCAGUUGUAUAUAAGGCAAAGGCAGAUAAAUUAUUUUUCUGUUACAGGUCUGAUGCAGGAAUUUUGCAGGCUAUCUGCAUAAAAAUCAAAAAUUGAUAAAUCCCUAAUCUUCUGUUACGACUCGGAUGCAGCAGUUUUGCAGGAUCCUCUGUGUAAAAGUCAAAGCCAGAUAAAUACCAGAUAUUUUGUUACCGCUCAAUGCUGGAAAUUUGUAGAAUCCUGCGUAAAAGGCAAAGACAUAAAUGCUGGAUCUACUGUUAUGGCUACAAUGAAGAAAUUUCGCAUUAUCUCUAUGUAAAAGGCAAAGCCAGACAAAUACUGGAUAUUUUAUUUUGGCUCUGAUGCAGUCAAUUUUCAGGUUCUCUGUGUAUAAGGCAAAAAAAAUAAACGAAAAUUGAAUCUACCUUUAGAUUCAAUUUUCGUUUUGUUUUGGCUCCAAAGCAGGAAUUUUGAAGGAUCUCUUUAUAAAAGGCAAAGGUGGAUAAAUUCUGGGUUUUUCAAUUUCUGCUCCGAUCCAGGACUUUUGCUGGCUCUCUGUGUAAAAGGCAAAGGCAAACAAAUGCUGAAUUUUCUAUCAUGACACUAGUGCAGGAAUUUUGCAGCAACUCUGUGUUAAAGGCAAAGGAAUGAAUACCGGAUAUUCUGUUACCAGUCGAUGCAGGAUCUUGGUGUAAAAAGCAAAGGCGGACAGUGGAAAAUCUUUGCAAUUAGUAUCCAACAAUCUCCUGCUGCUUUGCUGGAUUCAGUGUAAAAGGUGGAUACCUUUUUUUAUGAUUAUUUUUUUUUUAUGUUACAGCGCUGAUGCACACAUGACUGUUUAGUUAUCUCCCUUUGUAAACUCGCCCUUCGUCACAAUUUUUACUCUGCUGUUGUGUUCCACUGUAUAUUUUCUGAUAGGUUUUAAAUCGUGUUUCUUUUAAUUCGAAGUGUACGUGAUAUUAGGGUUAGGGCUGAUGAUGUCUAAUGUAUUUUUACAUGCGCUAGUCUUCCCACUUCUCACCAAAAUAAAACCUUUUGGGUGACGUGGACUAUAA